ACUUGGCUUGGAUGGGUCACUAAGGCGGUCUUAGCGCGAAGCUGCUGUUUUAGUAGCCGCUGUGUGAAAUUCUCGUGUUAUAUUUUCAGGGAAAAGCGAGAAGUACUGUCUCUUUUUUCCCACCGCGGACUUGCCGCUGUUGUUCCCUCCGCUUUGUGGAGUUUGUGAGCGGCUCGGGUCGCUGACAGAGCCGUUUGGCUGCGAGCAGCGGAGUCCGCUCCGCUCAGCUAGUCUGAGUUUAUUUUUCUCCAGUUCGCUGAUAAAACUGCGGUUAAAGUGAUGGACGAGGAGCCGGAGAGAGCGAAGAGGUGGGAAGGCGGCUACGAGCGGACAUGGGAAGUGCUGAAGGAGGAUGAGUCUGGGUCCCUCAGAGCCACCGUAGAGGACAUUCUCUUCCAGGCCAAAAGAAAGAGGGUGUUCGAAAGUCAUGGACAGGUUCGGCUGGGAAUGAUGCGUCACCUGUACGUGGUGAUCGACUCUUCUCGGACUAUGGAGGACCAGGACCUGAAGCCUAACAGACUCACAUCCACCCUCAAGCUGAUGGAGUAUUUUGUGGAAGAGUACUUUGACCAGAACCCUAUAAGUCAGAUAGGAAUCAUCACCACCAAGAACAAAAGGGCUGAGAAACUGACCGACCUGGCAGGCAACCCUAAGAAGCACAUAGCAGCCAUGAAAAAAGCAGUGAACUCCAUGUGUGUGGGAGAGCCGUCCUUGUACAACGCUCUCAACAUCGCCAUGCAGACGCUCAAACACAUGCCAGGACACACUAGCCGAGAGAUUCUGGUCAUCUUCAGCAGUCUGACCACCUGUGAUCCAGCCAACAUCUAUGACCUGAUUAAAACUCUGAAAGCACUGAAAAUCCGAGUGUCAGUAAUUGGGUUGUCCGCAGAGGUGCGGGUGUGUACGGUUCUCACCAGAGAAACAGGAGGAAACUACAACGUGAUCCUGGACGAGAGCCAUUUUAAGGAGCUGCUGAUGUAUCACGUGAAGCCGCCUCCGGCCAGCUCCUCCUCCGAGUGCUCCCUCAUUCGCAUGGGCUUCCCCCAGCACAUCAUAGCCUCCCUGUCUGAUCAGGACGCCAAGCCUUCCUUCAGCAUGUCGCACUUGGAGAGCUCAGAUGGAGGUCCUGGACUCACUCUCGGCGGAUACUACUGCCCCCAGUGCAGGGCGAAAUACACCGAACUGCCUGUAGAGUGUAAAGUGUGCGGCUUGACGCUGGUCUCCGCUCCUCACCUGGCUCGUUCUUUCCACCACCUCUUCCCCCUUGAUGCCUUUCAGGAGCACCCCCUGGAGGAGCACAAAGGAGACAGGUUCUGCCAGGCCUGUCAAGGAGAGCUGAAGGACAAAAGUGUAUUCACAUGUCCGGCCUGCAGCAGUGUUUUCUGUACGGAUUGCGAUCUCUUCAUCCACGACACGCUGCACUGCUGCCCGUCCUGCAUACACAGACAGGGAACAUCCUGAGUAGAGACUUUAUCACCCUGAACCAACAUUACCUCACAGACCAAAACUCUGUUUUACCUGACCAUGACUUUAUGGAGCCUCUUCAACUAUCUCCUUAUCUUACAGCGCUUGGCACGUUUUCCUGCACAGUAUGAACCAGCAGCCAGUGAUUGUUGGACAAGGGUGGGUAUAUUUGAGAAUAAGUGCUGGACCAGUCUUUGCGGAUCCACGUGUACAUUCAGCAUGUGUAACAUGCUCACCGUUACGUCUAUUACACGUAAGGUGUUUACAUUUGUUUACUGUACAUAGGCUUUAAAUGCGUAUGAACAGAAACCAAACUUCUCUGAAAUCUGCCAUUAUAAUGUAUAUAGUUCAUCUUUUUCAAACGCUUCUGACUUGUAUAAGCCAGUUUAGCUGUAUUAUAUUGUAUUAGGGUUCUUGCAUCUCAACAGACUUUUGAUGUUACAGUAGUGCCACCUGCUGGCUCAGACAAAACACAUCUGAGCAAUCGGAGCCAAUAAAAUUCUGUUUUGAGAUCUGA